GCCCUAAGUAUAAGGUUGUGGCGCAGCGCUGGCGUCUACACUGCGGCAGUCGAAGCGCGCCGGCCAAGGGGGAGGAGCUGCUGCUGCUGCUGCUGCCGCUCCUGCCGCUGCCGAGGUGGUGAGGCGCCGCCCAAAUCUCCCAGCAGCUGCUCGCAAACGCGGCCGCCUUGUGGCGUGGGCGUGCGUGGCCAUGGGAGCUGCCUGGUUGUCGGCCUUGCUCGCCUUUCUGUGGCUCACCAGCGACGCCCGCUCGGAUGUGGAUACCGGUGCCCCGCCAAGCAGCCAACUAGUGACGUACGGCAGUGUGAUCAAGCUGCAGCAUGCGAGCACCAAGUUCAGGCUGCACUCACACGAGGUUCCCUAUGGUUCUGGGAGUGGCCAGCAGUCUGUCACUGCCUUUUCCCACGUCAACGAUGGUAAUAGCUACUGGAUUGUCAAGCCCGGGCCCCAAAGUGAAGCCCAGCAAGGAGACGGCGUUGCUGAGGGGUCCAUUGUGCGCCUUCAGCACAUGAGAACGAGAAGAUGGCUCCACAGCCAUCUGCAUCAGUCGCCCCUCACUGGGAACCUCGAGGUGAGCGCAUUCGGCAGUCCAGAUGUGAGUGACACGGGAGAUACCUGGAGAUUGGAGAUUGAGGGCAAGGAAAAGACCUGGACCAAAGAUCUCAAGGUCCGGUUGUAUCACAUGGACACGGGUGGCUACCUUCACAGUAGCCAUGACAACAAGUACACCAGAAUAGUUGCGGGACAGUUGGAGGUGUGUGGUGUCCAAAAGAAGAGCGCUGACAACGUCUGGCUGGCUGCGGAAGGAAUUUAUCUCCCCAGGCGAACAAAGUGACCGUCACUCGGGCUUAUACAUACAUUCACGAGGAGCGGGAGGGGGUGGUGCACGCAGUGACGCUGGUGAUGGUGAUUUUAUCGGCCACCACCGCCUCGUCAUCGUCGUUUCGAUGCCAGGACCAG